AUGACCAGGUGGGCUCUGCUGGUGCUGAUGGUCCUGACAUUGGGGAGGGCCCUGCUUGUCCCUGGGACCCCUCUCCCAGUUUCCCAGCUCCUCCCUCAGAACCCUCCCCAGGCCACUCCCCGCCCCGUGGCCUCGGACAGCACCUCAGCCAGCACCACAGGCCCCUCCACUGCUUGGGGCCACCUCAGCCCCGGCCCCCGCCCAGGCCCCCGCAUCAUCCUCUCGCUGGAUGUCCCCAUUGGCCUCCUGCAGAUCUUACUGGAGCAAGCCCGGGCCAGAGCUGCGAGGGAGCAGGCCGCCACCAACGCUCGCAUCCUGGCGCACGUUGGCCGCCGCUGA